AUGUCGAGAACGAGAGUCGAUGAUGAUAUGGGUGAUGAGGACGAUGACAUGGGAGAUGAUGGUGACGAGGAUGAGGAUGAUGAUGAGGAUAUUGCUAAAGAUGGUGCCGGUAUGAUGUCUCUUGUCGACACCGAUAUGGAAGACCAUGAUGAUACCGGCUUGGGAGAUGACUAUAAUGAUGAGAUGAUCGACGAAGAAGAUGAUGAUUUUCAUGAGAAUCGUGUUAUAGAGGUAAGGUGGAGGGAGGCCCUUGAUGGGUUAGAUAAUUUGCGAGUAUCGGGCCGACUCAAUUCGGGAGUGCAGGAGAAUCAACCAUCCGAUGAUCCUCUAUCCAAUGAUGGUCAACUAGUGGUGGAUGGUGAUAACACCGACGAGUCGACAAGCCGACUUCAGCAAGAAAAUGGCAAUGAAGUUACCCACUAUCGACCCAAUCCAAUCGUUGAUCCUCGGUCUUCAUUCAAUGGUGCGAGUGAAGGUCUACAGGUGGAUGAGCCUAUGUUAGUUCAACCAAUUUCUCCGAACAAGUACCCCAAAUGGUCUUGA